GGUGAAGGAAGAAAGGACAUUGUGCUAUAAAAGGAAGGACAAGUUACCUUUGCAAUCUACAUAAACCUCAGACAAGUGUGGGUGAAGUUCUCGUCCCCUUCUGCGCCUCCUUCAGAAUUACGAUGAGACUGUUCUUAUUGUGGUGCCUCCUGCUGGCGCUGACGGUGGCGGGUGUGGUGGGCAAGCCGAGCAGCCACAACCACGAGCACAUGGAACACAAGGGGGAUGGACACGAGAGCGGCAAAAAGGACUCAAUGGAGAAUAUGAGGCACGAGAUGGGCUUCCCUUCUCUCCCUAUGGUGUUCCAGAGAGUACACGCGGUUCACCUGUGCGAAAUGAAACCUGAGGAGGAGAACUGCACUGCCCGCGCCCACCACUGCAUGCGCUGGCUGAACAUAGGAAUGGCGAAUGGACAAGAUUUCCUUCCCACUGAUGUGUGCGAGCCUGACCAAGAAGAGUGCCGCAUGAUGCACAUGAAAUGCCUCCACCUCCUCACGCCAGCAGAGGGCACCCCGCCUAUGUCCCCAGCAACUGUGAUAUGUGCGGUACAGGACCAGCCAAACUGCCUUGAGCGCAUGCAGGACUGUGUGAACAUGGUAUACCCUAGUCUGGGUGCCCCGUUCGUGCCUCCUGCAGGUGAGGUGAUGUGCCAUGCAGAUGACGAAGCAUGCAUUCACAUGAUCAAUGAAUGCAGAGAUAUGAUGAUGCCUUUCACGGAGAUGCUGGCAAACAUGGGGACCGAUAAUAUGGAACCUAUGCCGGAAGAAGAACCAAUGCCAGAAGGAGAACCAAUGCCAGAACACAUGCCAGGAGAACAUAUGCCAGAACACAUGUCAGAAGGAGAACACAUGCCAGAACACAUGCCAGGACACAUGCCAGAAGGAGAACACAAGCCAGAACACAUGCCAGAAGGAGAACACAUGCCAGAACACAUGACAGGACACAUGCCAGGACACAUGCCAGAACACAUGCCAGGACACAUGCCAGAACACAUGCCAGGACACAUGCCAGAAGGAGGACCAAUGCCAGGAGAGCCAAUGCCAGAAGGACCAAUGCCAGGAGAGCCAAUGCCCAUGCCACCAGCUUGUAUGGAGUUCAUGAGAGAAUGCAUGAUGCUGAUGAAACCUGGUGCUAAUGGUCCUCUCUCAGAGGCCGAGGCGUGCAAAGACAUGGAGGGCGAGAGCUGUGGUGCCAAGUACAAGUCCUGCAGUGCUGUCAUGAAUGAACCACAAGGAACACCACCGCCACAUGAGCUUCCAACAACACCGGCACUCUGCUCCGACAUGGGGACAGAUAAAAUGGCAGAGUGUCUACCCAAUGCUAUGAUGUGCCUGAAGAAGUUACGCCCGACGCCACACAUCCACUACAACAUGACCCAGUGCCUGACGCAAUCCUCCCCCUGCCCUAUGCCCCCCACCACCCCGGAGGCCCACAUGAAGAUAAAGAAGUGUCUGGAGCCUACCCUCCGCGCACACAUCGGGGGAGCGAUGGAACUUCCGCUGACGGAGGCGCAGCUGGGGGAGAGCAGUGGCCAUGCUUCCCUCGACGCCUACAACGCCUGCUUCGAGGGUGACACUAUGAUGGACAUCAUGCACUGCGCGAUGAAACAGUGCACUAAGGACAGCACGACGAGCAUGUGAGGUUGCUUGCUCCGUUCUAGACUGCGCAGAAGACCGUGGCAUGAUAGGCUUGAGUGAAAAAGGAGGGAAGACUAAUAAAUGUAAAACUGCAA